GUCACUCUCACGCCGCCCCACUCCCACCUCUGAGCCUCCCUGUCCUGCUUCUCAGUUCUCACUUAUCACCGUCUCUCUCGGUCUCAUUUUCUCUCAAAUCUCACUCUCACGCCGUGUUGCCGCCCCCACUCCUACCUCUCACGGCCUCCCUCUUUCCGGCUUCUCACUCUCUCUCACGGUCUCUCUCUCCCUCUCAAGUCUUUGCCUGUCGUCUCUCUCUCUCUCUCUCUCUCUCUCUCUCUCUCUCUUUGCCGUCGCUACUUCUUCUUGCUCUGUCGGUUGCCCCUCUCUGCCUCUCUACCGUCUCUGCCAAGGCCCAAGGGCCUUUCGGAUUGGAAUUUCGGCAAGUUAAGUUUUAGUGAAUGAUGAUGGCAUCUGAAGAAAGCAAACCCUCUCAAUCGACUCUAACUCCACGCAAAAUCAACAUCAAGAAAUUUGCAGAGUCUCGAGGUCCUGAGCUUGAGGCUCUUCACUCAAUAGUAGUGGAUCGAUUGAAUAAUAAUUUUGGGUCUCGAAGGAAUAAGAGACGGAGAACAACUGCAUUCAACAAUCAAGUUGCUAGGAAGAAAUGCAGAAGGAGGCAGAAGGCAGGAGGAGAAGUUAAUAAGGAUAGUACUUUGGAGAAAGAUAAUAAGAAGAAGGUCCCUCGGCACGUUCGUCGGAGAGCUGAGCUCCAAAUGAAUCUAGAAACAGGUUUUUGUACUUCUGGAGACAGUAUGAAGAGGCUGAGAACACAUGUCUGGCAUACGAAGCGGUUCAUAAUGUCAAAGCUCUGGGGUUUUUAUGUUCCUUUGGGUCUUCAUUUGGGUCUUCAUGGCAGAGGAAGAGGUUCUAGGGCAGUCUUGAAGUGGUUUAGACAAGGGGUCCUUGUACAUGAUGCAAGCUAUCAUGUUGCUGUCCAAUUGGAGGGUCCUGAGGAUUCUUUAAUAUCCGUUCUAAAAAUGGUGAUGGCGCCAUCCCCUUCAGCUCUUUCUGAAGCUAUUUCUCACUCUGUUAUUUCUGGCUCCAUAUAUGGAAGUGCAAUGCUUUGUCAUGUUGGAGCACCUGUUUCUCAGUCAAUUGCUCCUGUGACCUAUAUGUGGCGACCUGUUUGCCAGGAGAGUGGAUGUGGUGAUGCUAUGAAUCAUAAUAGUGAUGGAGGCAAUAGGUCAGAGGGUAGUCGGUGCUGUUCUUCCUCUCGCCAAAUUUGGGUGUGGAUACAUGUUUCUGCUGUGAGUGAAGGACUUGAUGCUCUAAAAUUAGCUUGCCAAAAGGAGAUGGAUGAGAGGGGCUGCUUGAUCAAUUGUUUUUCACUUGAAGGUCAACUUGCAAAAUUAGAAGUAUCAGGAUUAAAGGCAUUUCAGCUCCUUCAAAAGAUAUUACAUCCUGUUACUUGUUUUUCAGAAAAAUCUUGGCAGAAACAUUGAGCUGAAGAGUCCAACAGAGACUCUCAAUU